AUGCCAGGUGCACAGAGCAGGGGUAAGAUCAACCUAGCUAUAAACAUGCAAAAUCAUUCAGAGCAGACCCCCCUCAUUCGAAGCCCUUCUGAGAGUCAAAGAGAAAAUAGGAAGGUCAACAUAAGUCAAGGAGGACUCACUCAGAAAACUUCAUCAAAAAUUGGCAAUAACUCAAAACUCGGCCUUCAGAGACUCAGCAGGACAAGUCAGAAGCUUAAGUUAUUACCGGAAGACCCGCCGACUCUUGAAAGUGAGCUACUCUCUUUUGACGAGAAUCAAGACCUGAAGAGUGAUGUUUCACAAGGAGGGGGUGUAUAUUCGCAAGUAACCAGAAUUACCGAUAAGCCAGCUAGGAAGGAUGCCGAAAUUCUUGGAAAGCUGCAUCGUGAUUUAUUACCAAGAGUAACAGCUUACUGUACUUCUGGGUCAUACAAAAUGAAGGAUUUACUUCGAUGGCUCAAGGACAGAAAGAGAAUUCAUAACACCAUGCCGAAACUCUUUGACGAAUGCUUAUACACUCCAUUUACAUACAAAGACUGGAGAAAUGAUUCAGAAGAUGGAGGGAAAAAAAUGAUCCGCUUAGCUGAUGAUGGUGGCGAAAUCGAAUUUGGUAAAAGAAAUGAUAUCUUUAUCUUCGAAUAUGGCGUCGUGAUAAUGUGGUGCUACACGCGAAAAGAAGAACUCGCUUUUUUGGAAGAUUUGGCUCGCUUUGAAAGUGAAAAGCUCUCCUCUGAGGACGUUCAAGUAGAAGAGUUUAAUUACUACAUCACUACGUCCUACCAACCACGGAUCUACAAUGAUUUCAUAACUCUCCGUGAUGAUGCCAACUACAUGCUCAAAUUAUCUAUAUCUCAUGCUUUGGCACAAUCAGUCAAAAUUUCGUUAUUCGAGGAACUCGUCGACAACACCAUAGAGGAUACCCAAGAUAUUCCACAACAAAUUGCGCACACUGGCAAGGUCGAGAUGACCAGAGAUGAAAUUAUGAAAUCUAUUGGGGAGCUCUUCAUAUUACGCAUUAAUAUAAACUUGCACGGCUCAGUUCUCGACUCUCCAGAACUCAUGUGGGCAGAGCCGCAUCUAGAGCCAAUUUACCAGGCGACGAGAGGAUAUCUCGAAAUCAAUCAAAGGGUAGAGUUGCUUGAACAAAGAUUGGAGGUUAUAUCAGAUCUACUACAGAUGUUGAAAGAGCAACUAGGGCAUUCGCAAGAAGAAAAUCUUGAGUUUAUUGUAAUUGUCCUAGUAUGCAUCGAGGUUCUUGUCAGCGUUGUGAAUGUGGUCGUUGAUCUCUUGACCUAUUGA